AUGACGGAGUGGACCCUGCUCAAACGUCUCCUGGAUGCUGUCCACCAGCACUCCACCAUGAUUGGACGCCUGUGGCUCACUGUCAUGGUCAUCUUCCGGCUGCUCAUUGUCGCUGUGGCGACUGAGGAUGUGUACACCGACGAGCAGGAGAUGUUCGUGUGCAACACGCUACAGCCGGGAUGCUCCACUGUCUGCUACGACGCUUUCGCACCCAUCUCGCAACCUCGUUUCUGGGUCUUCCACAUCAUCAGCGUCUCCACGCCGUCGCUCUGCUUCAUCAUCUACACCUGGCACAACCUGUCCAAGCUGCCCCACAACACCACCCAGAGGCAAAGGCAAGGACUGGGGGAUAUCCCAGGGCAGGGAGGCCCAGAUGUGGGGCAAGGUGGAGAGCGGGAGGUGUAUGAUCGGAGCUGCGACUCAGACAGCUGCUCCAUCCGCUCACAUAAGCAUCUCGGUCACAGCCUGGCGGACGUGCUGGAGGGCAUCAACAUCCAGAGCCUCCAGAGGGGUCAUGUGGUCUCUGGAGGCGUUCUGUCAAAAUGUUAUGUCUUCCAUGUGUGUUUACGGGCUGUCCUGGAGGUGGGCUUCGUCCUGGCCCAGUGGAAGCUGUUUGGCUUCCAGGUGCCCGUCCAUUUCCUCUGUACCUCGGCUCCCUGCAGCCAGCCGGUGGACUGCUACGUCUCCAGGCCCACGGAGAAGACCAUCUUCUUGCUCUUCAUGUUUUGCGUCGGGGUCUUUUGUAUCCUCCUCAACCUGCUGGAGCUCAACCACCUGGGCUGGAAGAAGAUCCGUCAGGUGGUGAGGCUCAGGGAGAGGGCGUCCUGGAGAAGUUGUCCAGGAAUGAGGGGGGGAUAUGAAACCUUCCCUCCAGACAGCCCCUCUCUCACAUCCUCUUUAGGCUUCAGAGAUGUGACCAACACCACCUCCCUGCCCACUCUGGACCUGGUGGUGGGUCACCAGCCUGACUGGACCUGUGCUAUCAACUGUGGCAGGAUGAGGGGGCCUGAGGAGGUCAGAGGGACCAGAACAGAGCAACCAAAGAGACAGGACUCACAUAAAGGAGAGAAGCAGCCUCUGAAGAGUAAGAAGGCCAUCAGAGAGUCCAAACAGAGGAGUGCUGAGGUCUGGAUAUAG